AUGGAACCUGAAGAUUAUUACAGUCAACUCAAUCAGAUGCAAACACUAGAUGAAGAGCCCUCGUUGGCUGACUCGAGCGAUCUCAGCCCGGCAUAUGACGAUCAGCUUGCUUGGGAAGCACCGCCGGCACCGGCGCGGUGCUCCUCAACCGGCCGGUGGAACGACGAGCUCGAUUUGAUCCUCUUUGGGUCCAAGGAGCCCUCGUCGGCUGACUCGAGCAAUCUCAGCCCGGCAUAUGACGAUCAGCUCGCUCGGGAAGCACCGCCGGCACCGGCGCGGUGCUCCUCAACCGGCCGGUGGAACGACGAGCUCGAUUUGAUCCUCUUUGGGUCCGAGGAGCCCUCGUCGGCUGACUCGAGCGAUCUCAGCCCGGCAUAUGACGAUCAGCUCGCUCGGGAAGCACCGCCGGCACCGGCGCAGUGCUCCUCAACCGGCUGGUGGAACAACAACUUGCUGCAAUCAAAGCAUCCUCAACCUCGCUGUUUCCAGUUUUUUAUUAACCCAAUAUAA